AUGUCGUCCCCUGGCCGAGAACGCCGUCCAUCUAUUGGCGCACCUAUCGCCGACCUCCAAGGGCCCAUUGGCCCUGGUUUCAGUCGUCCUAAGCACAAGCGUACAUUUACCGGUUUCGGGGCCAAUGAUAUCAAGACCGUCGAAGCGAGCAUCCCAGAGCAGCUGCGAGAGGCAUGGCGGAAACAUUCUGCUUCUGAGUUCACCAGCAAAGAGCAGUUUGAAAAAGAGCUGGUGCGCCACAUCGAGACCACCCUGGCUCGAUCUCUAUACAACUGUGAUGACAAUGCGGCCUACUCGGGAACAGCCCUCGCGUUCCGUGAUCGGCUUAUCAUCGAAUGGAAUAGAACGCAGCAGCGCCAGACCUUCAAUGACCAGAAGCGAGUGUACUACUUGUCAUUGGAAUUUCUCAUGGGCCGUGCUCUGGACAAUGCCAUGCUCAAUGUGGGCCAGAAGGAAGCCGCUCGAGAUGGACUGAAGGAUCUCGGAUUCCGUAUUGAGGAUGUCAUCAGCCAGGAACACGAUGCAGCACUUGGCAAUGGUGGCCUUGGCCGCUUAGCUGCUUGUUUCCUGGACAGUCUCGCCACUCUCAACUAUCCAGCUUGGGGCUACGGGCUUCGCUAUCGCUAUGGUAUCUUCAAGCAGGAAAUAAUCGACGGAUAUCAAGUCGAAAUCCCCGACUACUGGCUUGACAACAACCCGUGGGAAUUCCCUCGCCACGACGUCACAGUCGACAUUCAGUUCUACGGCACCGUCCGCAAGACGCAAGACCAGAACGGCAAGGUCCAGCAUCUCUGGGAAAACGGCGAGAUUGUCCAGGCCGUGGCUUAUGAUGUGCCCAUUCCUGGGUACGGAACAAAGACGACGAACAACCUUCGGCUGUGGUCCAGUAAGGCAAGCACUGGCGAGUUCGAUUUCCAGAAAUUCAAUGCAGGCGACUACGAAAGUGCCGUGGCUGACCAGCAGCGAGCCGAGACUAUAUCGGCGGUGCUCUACCCCAAUGAUAACCUGGAACGAGGCAAAGAGCUUCGGCUGAAGCAGCAGUACUUCUGGUGUGCGGCCUCUCUGUUUGAUAUUGUGCGUCGGUUCAAGAAGACGAAGCGAGCCUGGAGCGAGUUCCCAGACCAGGUCGCAAUCCAACUGAAUGAUACUCACCCGACCCUGGCAAUUGUCGAAAUGCAGCGUAUCUUGGUUGACAUUGAGGAUCUGGAAUGGGACGAGGCCUGGCGAAUCGUGACCAAGACUUUCGGAUACACGAACCAUACUGUUCUUCCAGAGGCUUUGGAGAAAUGGUCUGUUCCGCUGAUGCAGAACCUGCUUCCCCGCCACCUCCAGAUCAUCUAUGAAAUCAACCUAUUCUUCUUGCAGUAUGUUGAGAGGAAUUUCCCGAAUGAUCGGGACCUCCUGACGCGCGUCUCCAUUAUCGAGGAGUCGCAUCCCAAGAUGGUUCGGAUGGCCUAUUUGGCUAUCAUUGGAUCUCACAAGGUCAAUGGUGUCGCUGAACUGCAUUCUGAUCUGCUCAAGACAACUCUAUUCAAAGACUUUGUCGAGAUCUAUGGACCUGACCGUUUCACCAACGUUACCAACGGUGUUACCCCCAGACGAUGGCUGCAUCAAGCCAACCCCGAGCUCUCUGCGUUGAUCGCAAAGAAACUCGGGGGUCAUGAAUUCUUGACUGACCUUACUCUUCUGGACAAGCUGGAAGCUUUUGUCGAUGACAAGGAGUUCCGAACGGAAUGGGCAGCGAUCAAGUCUAGAAAUAAAGUGCGGCUCGCCCAGCUCAUCAAAGAGACCACUGGCUACACGGUCAACCCCGAUGCUCUAUUCGAUGUGCAGGUUAAAAGAAUCCACGAAUACAAGCGCCAGCAACUCAACAUAUUUGGCGUGAUUCAUCGCUACUUGACCAUCAAAGGCAUGUCGGCGGAAGAGAAGAAGAAGGUUGUGCCCCGAGUUUCAAUCUUUGGCGGAAAAGCCGCCCCGGGAUACUGGAUGGCCAAGACCAUCAUCCACCUCAUCAACAAGGUAGCCGAUGUGGUGAACAAGGACCCUGAUGUUGGUGACCUUCUCAAGGUGAUCUUCAUCCCGGACUACAACGUCAGCAAGGCGGAGGUCAUUUGCCCGGCCUCCGACAUCAGCGAGCACAUCUCGACCGCUGGCACGGAGGGCAGUGGUACCAGUAACAUGAAGUUUGUGCUCAACGGUGGCCUCAUCAUUGGUACCUGUGAUGGAGCUAACAUUGAGAUUACUCGCGAGAUCAGCGAGCAAAACAUUUUCCUCUUCGGCAACCUUGCGGAGGACGUAGAAGAGCUCCGACACCGCCACUUCUACGGCGAAUUCCAGCUAGAUCCGCAGCUCGCCAAGGUCUUCGACGCCAUCAAGAGCAAUAUGUUUGGCGAUGCGGCUCAUUUCUCGGCACUGACAGCUUCCAUCGAGGAGCAUGGUGAUUAUUACCUUGUCUCUGAUGACUUCAACUCCUACAUCGCUGCCCACGCAGUGGUCGACCAGGAAUUCCAGAACCAGAAGGAAUGGAUUGCCAAGUCCAUCGCAAGCGUCGCACGGAUGGGCUUCUUCUCGACUGACCGGGUCAUCAACGAGUACGCGGACAGUAUUUGGAAUGUGGAGCCGUUGGCGGUCAAGGACUAG